GGUGGCAGCGCGUCGCGUCGCGCUGCGGCCCCGUCGGAGCGACAGGGCGCUCAGUGGGCGGCCGGAGAGGGAAGAUGGACGCAGCUACUCUGACCUAUGACACACUCCGAUUUGCCGAGUUUGAAGAUUUCCCGGAGACCUCGGAGCCCGUCUGGAUACUGGGCAGGAAAUACAGCGUGUUCACAGAAAAGGAUGAGAUCCUAUCCGACGUGGCGUCCAGACUGUGGUUUACGUACAGGAAGAACUUCCCGGCCAUUGGGGGCACCGGCCCCACCUCGGACACGGGCUGGGGCUGCAUGCUCCGCUGCGGACAGAUGAUCUUCGCCCAGGCCCUGCUGUGCCGGCACCUGGGCCGGGACUGGAGGUGGACGCAGCGGAAGAGGCAGCCGGACAGCUACUUCCACGUUCUCAACGCCUUCAUCGACAGGAAGGACAGCUACUACUCCAUCCACCAGAUAGCGCAAAUGGGAGUUGGCGAGGGCAAGUCCAUUGGCCAGUGGUACGGGCCCAACACGGUCGCCCAGGUUCUCAAGAAACUCGCCGUCUUCGACACGUGGAGUGCCCUGGCCGUCCACGUAGCCAUGGACAACACGGUGGUGAUGGAGGACAUCAGAAGGUUGUGCAGGAGCAGCCUGCCCUGCGCAGGGGCCGCUGCGUUCCCGGCGGAUUCCGAAGGGCACUGCAACGGCUUCCCUCCGCGGGCUGAGGUCACCCACAGGCCGUCCCCGUGGAGGCCCCUGGUGCUUCUCAUCCCCCUGCGCCUGGGGCUCACGGACAUCAACGAGGCCUACGUGGAGACGCUGAAGGGCUGCUUCAUGAUGCCUCAGUCCCUGGGCGUGAUCGGAGGGAAGCCCAACAGCGCCCACUACUUCAUCGGCUACGUGGGAGAGGAGCUCAUCUACCUGGACCCCCACACGACGCAGCCGGCGGUGGAGUUCGCCGACAGCCGCUCCAUCCCGGACGAGAGCUUCCACUGCCGGCACCCGCCCAGCAGGAUGGGCAUCGGGGAGCUGGACCCGUCCAUCGCCGUGGGCUUCUUCUGCGCGACCGAGGACGACUUCGGGGACUGGUGCCAGCAGGUCAGGAAGCUGUCGCUGCUUGGAGGUGCUCUGCCCAUGUUUGAGCUGGUGGAGCAGCAGCCUUCCCACCUGGCCUGCCCCGACGUCCUGAACCUGUCCUUAGAUUCUUCUGAUGUGGAACGACUGGAAAGAUUCUUCGACUCAGAAGACGAGGACUUUGAGAUCCUGUCCCUCUGAAAACCCUGGAGUUGGGGGAUGUCUCGCCUGGUUCUUGCUGGAGGCGCCUUCAAGAGCUCAGCCCAGCCUCUGGGUGCCCAGUGCCACCGCCUUUUAUCCAUCCUGCCCGCCGCCCGUGCCCGCCGCCUCUGCCCUCGACGGGACCGCACUGUGCUCAGGACCUCCCCGCGGGAGGGUCGGCCCGGCCCGGGAGCCGCGGCCGGGAGAGCAGGAGCCGUGGGAGCAGCGAGCGGCCGGUCGCUGAGCACCUGUGUCGCCUCCACCCUGCUUCCCGCAGCCUCUCGGUCUGGGUUAGCUUUGGGAUUAAAGUCCUGUUGGAAGU